AUGAUAAAGAUCACCAACCAAACCUCUUCCCCCAUCCUUCUCCUCGCCGCCAUUCUACUUCUCGCCGCGGCAGCCCACGUGGACUGCCAGACAUGCAAACCGAGCGGGCACAUCACAGGGAUAACUCCACCACCGGGGCCCGGGGCAAUGCAACCAAGGCGAGGAAUCCGACUGCAGCAAAACCGGCAAGCAGUACACCACUUACAAAUGCUCUCCUCCAGCUUUGAGGCAGGGGGCAGCGGCGGAGCCCCGUCGGAGUGCGACAACUAG